AUAUAUGAUCUAAGCUAACAUCGACAAUUCGACAACCACUAUUACGACAUAUGUCAUAGACCUAACUAAUAGACGGUACGUGGUUGUAUUUCCGGCGUCCAAGCGUGACGGCGCUGAUCAAGGUAGUACACCGUACACCGCACAUUCACACGGGACCUAUCGGAUUGUACAACAAUUCAUUUUCAAUUUUACUUCCGUGUACUAUCACAAUGGUAUAUCACCGUGUUACUGUUAUCAUACUAGUUCUGAUUUGAAAUUUUCAACUGUUUCAACAAGUUUUUUUCUUGAGUUUUGCCGAUUUUACUUAUUUUUAUUGUUUAACUUAGUUCAACUUUCAAGUUUCUAUUAAGAUGCCUAGGAAGUGUGUCAUUUGUAAUGUUUAUGAUAAAAAUAGUGACCAAUCAUUUUAUUCCUUUCCUAAGGAUGAAGGUCGCAAGAAGUUGUGGUUAAAGGCUUGUGGAAUUAACCUUUAUCUACCAUCAUACAGAGUUUGUGAGGCUCAUUUUUCUGAUGAAGACUUUUUACCAAGUGGUUGCUUAAAAAGUAUUGCUAUUCCAGUAAAUAAUUCUAAACAGCCAGAAUUAUUAGAAUCCACAAAUACAGUUUUUGAGUCAACUUCUCAAGAAACUCUGUCGCCCGACAAAAUCUCAAUCGCAUCAACAGAUAGUAUUUGUGAUACUCCAAAAAAGCGAUGUUCUAGUGAAUUGCCUGAUGUGAGUUCAAGUCAAAAACGGAAAAGAUAUAAUCCAGAUAUGAUUGGGAAUUUAUUGCCAAGUCACUUUAAUACACCAAGGAAAGCUAAAAAGAAUUUAGAAAUGGUAAAAUAUAAGUUCAGCCAAAUACAAAGCCAAAAUGUAAAUUUGAAAAAGCAGGUGAAGAGACUGCAGAUGAAGCUCAAAACAUAUGAUGACCUUAUCCUUCAACUGAAAAGUAAAAAUUUCAUAUCUGAAAAUGCAUCUGUACAUCUAAAGUUCAAGCAGAGAGGUGGAUUCAACAACAAUACUUCCUGUAAACAGUUUAAGUCAGCAUAUAAGAAAUUAUUAGUUCACAAUGAAAUAAGUGGAUCACAAAAUGGUAACUGUAUUGCUAUACUUGAUACAACACAAAGAUCUGUAGUGCAAGUAGGACCAGAUAGUAUUAUAAGCAAUGAGAGUGAACAAGGCAUAAAUAUAUCUGACCAUGAUUAUUCUAGAACAAUACAUAGGAUAACUCCUUUUUAGAUGAAGUGACAAGUUACAUAUCUGGUUUUGUUGUUAAACAUUUUUUUAAAAAAAUCAACUGCAAUAUUUGUCAUAAAUAUCUAAUUGAUGAUUCGGAACAUAUAUUUAAAUUAAUAAGUGAAAAGGAUAAAAAUAACACCUUAAUUAAACCAAGCCAAGAUAAUGUUGAAAUUUGCCAAGAAGCAGAAACCGUUUUUCGAGCUCACAAUGUUUUUUUGCCUGAUAUCAAAUCAAAAAUUUUCUUUAAAAUAAAAAACAAUAUUUAUCAAAAACCAGAAAAGAGCUCAAUAAUCAUUGUCUGGAUCAGCAACUAUUUAAUUCUCAUCAGAUCAAAUAAUAAGUCUCACUGAAUUAACAUAUAUAAAUUUAAGAUUUCACCAUGCAGCUUCACCAAAAGAAGAAAAAAAAUAGUAACUCGGUAAGAAAAAAGUUUACAAUACUUAUUUUAUUUAGAAAUGAAUAAUAUACAUAUGUAGCUUAAAAUUAAAUUUUUUUUAGAAAUAUUGACAAACUUUUUGUGUACAUUAUUGACUAGUUUUUUUGACUGAAUUAUACUAUUAUUAUUUAUUAUAUUUUGUUCAAUUAUAUCAUGUUUGCAUUAUUUAAACUGCACUGUUUACUGUUGAGUAUAAAUUAAUCAAUUCAAUGAUAUUAUAGAAUAUUAUAUACCUAUUAACUAUG